UGGUAAUUUGAACGUAGUAAAAUGUCUGGUCGCGGAAAGGGAGGAAAGGGACUUGGAAAAGGAGGCGCUAAGCGUCACCGGAAAGUAUUGCGUGAUAACAUCCAGGGAAUCACCAAGCCCGCUAUUCGCCGUCUGGCUCGCCGUGGUGGAGUCAAGCGUAUUUCAGGCCUCAUCUACGAGGAGACCCGCGGUGUUCUCAAGGUCUUUCUGGAAAACGUUAUCCGUGAUGCUGUCACCUACACCGAGCAUGCAAAGAGGAAGACCGUCACCGCCAUGGACGUGGUCUACGCUCUCAAGAGGCAGGGCCGCACUCUCUACGGAUUCGGCGGUUAAACGAAUCAUCUCACCUGAAAAACAACACAACGGCUCUUAUAAGAGCCACCCACCUGUCCUAAAGAGUCUUUCCAGUGUGCCUGAGUAAUUGUCACUUACCAUAACGUUCAAAAUUAUUAUUAAAUAAAAUGGUGAUAAUAAAGACAGUUAAAGGUCUGCCUUUUCAUCAUUAA